AUGCCGAAAGGGUUUUCCGGCAAAUACCAGGCUAAACGCGUUCGUCUUUGUCUGGAACUCUAUAGACUUUUGUCUCAUGGAACUAUGGACGUCGAACAUCUUAUCGCCCUCCUUACUGAAGUUGCCCCCCAAAAUGAACUUCCACGUCGCGCGGAUACCCGCCUUGAAGAUACCUUUCAUGAACGGCUUCGUAUUGUUCUAGACGCCAUCGCCAGUACUAUCAACAAGCUGUUUAACCUACUUAUGAGAAACAUUGGCAGUGUCAAUAUCCUGAAGAAAUGCUCCAUGAUUAUAAACUGGAUGUUACAUCAUUUGCCAGAUAAUUCCAGGUUAUUUCCUGUUGAGAAGGAAGAUUAUGUGGUUGAGGGCUUGAAUUCCAUUGCAGGUAUGGUUGAAGAAUUAUUUGAGACAAAGACAUGGUUGGCGGACCUUUCUAAGACCUCAUCCAAAAUAGAUGCAUUGCCAUAUAUUGGGGUGUCAAAACUAUCUUGCGUCGCCUGUUGGGAAUUUUUUAAUGCCCUACACAAGGUAGAUUGUAUGUUCUAUGUGAGAGGGUCUCAUUCUAAAGCAUAUUUCCCAUGGAAGUUCCCUGAUGUUGAAAUGAAUACGGCAAAAUUCCUCGAGUCGGAGAAGGAAAAAAUCCUAAAUUCCUUCUAUUCAGAUCUGGCUGCCACAUAUACCCAACGUUUUAAAGCUAGGGAGAGGUUGCGAAGGAUGUCGGAAAGAUCGACGGGCUCCACCAAGCCUAUACCUCGUGACCGAUGGCCCGCUGAGAAAUUCCCGUGGGGAUCAUGA